UACAGCACAGAGAUCCAGCCAUGGCAGCUACAGUCUCUCCAGUAAUGAUUAAUUCUCAGGAUCAUCUCACUUUGACUCAUAAGCUCAGAAAGCCUCUGGUGGAGAAGAUCCACAGAGUAAUCAACAGCAGUACUGAACAGCUCAAGUCUCUCCUGGGUCCUGAGUUCCUCAAACAGCAGCCAGACUCCAAACUGAAGAAGCCAGACAUCCUGGAGAUGACCGUUUGCUACCUGACAAGACCGCAGCAAUAGUGUCAUCCAGUGGACUCAGCAGCUGUUGAUAAGAGCUAUUCCAGGUGUGCCCAAGAGAUGGUCAACUUCCUGCCAAAGGUGGAGGUGAAGACUCGGUCCCAGAGAAACCUGCUGAACCACAUCAAGCAGCUGCACACUUCCUCUGAUAAAACCCUGAGUGAGGCUGACUUCUCUCCUCUGAGCUACACAGUCCAGACCAGACCACCAGCUCCCUCUGGAGGCCGUGGUAGAAACCUGCAGACUGGAGUCAAACUCAUUAAGUGCAAUGAUCGUAUUGGUCAGAAAUUACAGGAUUCUUCUUUCUUUUUUAAAAAAAAGACUUGUUCUUCUGUAUGUACAGAAGGUUUUACUUUGUGUGUAUUUGUUCUUGGUCACAGAUGAUAUUUCCUGCGGAAAUGACACCAACCAUCUUUGUAAUAGAGAGAGAAAACAUUUUGUCAUGCAAUA